AUGACUUCUCUUCCUCCAGCCCAAUGCUGCAUUGCUGGCCAUCUGCACAGUGGUACCCCCAAGGGAGAAUUAAAGAAAAUAGAUGACAGUUUCAUCCUAAUGUACAUAUCUCCUGCGAUAGUCCUCACCUAUGUGUCUUACCCUCCCGACAAAUCAACUCACAAUGCCAUCCUGUUUCUCUCCGACAUCUUCGGUCCCAAACUGGUCAAUUCCCAGUUGAUUGCCGACCAAUUUGCCGCGAAUGGCUACUUCGUGGUCCUGCCGGAUCUUUUCCAUGGCGAUCCGGUCCCCGUCGAGCGCGAGGGGAAUUUCGACGUCAUGGCCUGGCUGAAGAACCACCUCCCGCCAGUGACAGACCCCGUAAUUGAUAAAACCCUUCGCUACAUGCGCCAGGAACUCGGCUGUCAGCGCAUUGGAGGGGUUGGGUACUGCUAUGGGGGCAAGUACGUCGCUCGUUACCUCAAGCCCGGGCUGUUGGACGUAGGCUAUAUGGCCCAUCCCACCCAUGUAGAGGUGGAUGAGUUGAAAGGUAUUCAGGGGCCAUUGAGCAUUUCUGCCGCGUCGUCGGAUUACCUCUUCCCCACCGAGAAACGUCGCGAGACCGAAGACAUCCUGUCCGAGCUGGGCCAUCCUUACGAGAUAACAGUAUACUCGCAUGUCGAGCAUGGAUACGCUGUUCGCUGCAACAUGGAUAUUAAGCAGCAGAGAGUGGCCAAGGAGAAGAGUUUCGCCCAGGCAGCUGGUUGGUUUGAUGCUUAUUUAAAGGAGUGA